UGUUACGAUCUGUAGUACCGGAAGGGAGCGGUGGGACCAUUGGACGAAACAUGGCGUUAGGAGAUGCCUGGAAACAAUUAUCGUGGUUUUAUUACCAAUAUUUGCUUGUAACAGCUCUGUAUAUGUUGGAGCCUUGGGAGAGAACUGUCUUCAAUUCUCUCCUGAUCACAGUGGCAGCGAUGGCCGUCUACACUGGUUAUGUGUUCAUGCCCCAGCACAUAAUGGCGAUAUUACACUAUUUUGAAGUGGUCCAAUGACGUCAUCUCCCAUACUCAUCAGGUUGCCUGAAAAACAACCUGCUCUUGAACUGUUCACCACCAUGUGAUGAUUUCUGUGAUUACUUCAAACAAGGACACUUGUAUGUUGAAGGAUACCAACAUUGAGGAGUGUGAUAAAGGCAUGUGUAAUUAUGUGUGUGUGUGGCAUAUAAGAUCACAGUCUGCUACUGCAAAAGCACAUUGCCAUGUCUAUAAAUGUACCCUUUUAAAUAUAGUGAAUUGUUUUUUGGUUUUUUUUUAAAAUGAUGCUUUAGUUUUGUUUCAUGACAGUGGUUUAUUCAGAUGAUAACUAUUUUUUCAUAUAAAUGUAUAUUUAAUUGUAUACAUAUAAAGUUUAGAGAGAUUUAUUUUGGCUGACCUAAAACCUUAUCAGACUCUUGCGAGUUAUGUGAUAAAUCAUUACCUGCACUGAUAUAUGAUGUCAUUGUUGACUCAUCGCUUAGGUUAUAAACCGGAGGGGGGGGAAAUGCUUAAAUACACCCUAUCUAUAAUUGACUUGGAACAUUUAUUCAGCAUGUUUCAGAUUGAGAAGAAGUUUCACUUUUGGGGAAUUUUAACUAAUUUUUCUUUUCAAUUUGGAUGUCAUUUUUUUUUCUUCUGUUAUCCAAAGUUUUGAUGCCUUUGACUGUAAAUGUGUAUGUAUUUGAUCAGUAUAGUAAACAUUAACAUGAAUAACAAAUGCUAAUGCUGUCUCUGGCAGUGAUGUCAGUAGUUAGUUAUAAAAUAGAAAUUGUAUUAAAAUCAUCUUUAAGAUAUUUAUAAAUUAA